AUGCUGUAUACUAAGCCAAAACCCGUGGAUGGUGCGUUGAAGACAAACUCUGGUACUCCUCGUGGUUCUACUCGAAGUCAUACAACUGAGAACAAGUGGCCGGGAUUGAUUGGUAGCCUGGAGCGUCAUCUUGUCAGCUUGCUCCCGCGGGUGCUCACAUUCAAUCAUCCGCUAUCGCGCGAUGGCACCAAGUCCAGCACAACCACCAGUUCUUCGUCCACUGAUAAAGACUCAAGUAGUAAUACGGGGUCUUCAGCUCGAAAUCAGGAUUCAUCUGAAUCUAACGAUGCCACAAGCGAAACCCAGUCGGUGCGCACCUCUUCAAUCUUAACUUCAGCUGCUGCGGCCUCUGAUAUUGAUGUUGUACUUUAUACGGAGGUUGCACCCACCACCCUCACAGUUCACAAGUAA